AUUUCUCCGUCUGAAGCCAUAAUCUCCGUCUUAUAAAUACCACCCAUCUCUCAUCUCCGCCAUCAUAUUAUCUUCAAUCCAAAUCCUUCUUAUAAUCUACCGAUCAAGAUGCAAAUAUUCGUGAAAACCCUAACAGGAAAGACGAUAACCCUAGAGGUUGAAUCGUCAGACACAAUCGACAACGUAAAAGCCAAGAUCCAAGAUAAGGAAGGAAUUCCACCAGAUCAACAACGUCUAAUCUUCGCCGGAAAACAGCUAGAAGAUGGAAGAACCCUAGCUGAUUACAAUAUUCAAAAGGAAUCAACUCUUCAUUUAGUUCUUCGUCUUCGUGGAGGGAUGCAGAUCUUCGUUAAAACCCUAACCGGUAAGACUAUAACCUUAGAAGUUGAAUCAUCAGACACAAUCGAUAACGUUAAGGCGAAGAUCCAAGAUAAGGAAGGAAUUCCUCCGGAUCAACAACGUCUAAUCUUCGCUGGAAAACAACUAGAAGAUGGAAGAACCCUAGCUGAUUACAACAUUCAAAAGGAAUCAACUCUUCAUUUAGUUCUUCGUCUUCGUGGAGGGAUGCAGAUCUUCGUUAAAACCCUAACCGGUAAGACUAUAACCUUAGAAGUUGAAUCAUCAGACACAAUCGAUAACGUUAAGGCGAAGAUCCAAGAUAAGGAAGGAAUUCCUCCGGAUCAACAACGUCUAAUCUUCGCUGGAAAACAACUAGAAGAUGGAAGAACCCUAGCUGAUUACAACAUUCAAAAGGAAUCAACUCUUCAUUUAGUUCUUCGUCUUCGUGGAGGGAUGCAGAUCUUCGUUAAAACCCUAACCGGUAAGACUAUAACCUUAGAAGUUGAAUCAUCAGACACAAUCGAUAACGUUAAGGCGAAGAUCCAAGAUAAGGAAGGAAUUCCUCCGGAUCAACAACGUCUAAUCUUCGCUGGAAAACAGCUAGAAGAUGGAAGAACCCUAGCUGAUUACAACAUUCAAAAGGAAUCGACUCUUCAUUUGGUUCUUCGUCUUCGUGGAGGAAUGCAGAUAUUUGUUAAAACCCUAACUGGGAAGACGAUUACGCUUGAAGUUGAAUCAUCGGAUACGAUUGAUAAUGUGAAGGCGAAGAUUCAAGAUAAGGAAGGAAUUCCUCCGGAUCAACAGAGGUUGAUCUUUGCAGGGAAGCAAUUGGAGGAUGGCCGUACUUUGGCUGAUUAUAAUAUUCAGAAGGAAUCGACUCUUCAUCUUGUCCUGCGUCUUCGUGGAGGUUAAUUAUUGAAGAAAAUUUAUGAUUAUUUGAAAAAGUUCUAUAUAUAUAAAUUGUGUAUGUGAUGUGUUUUAUGUGAAUGUGAUGCAAUGUGACAAUAGUAAUUGUAUUAAUUAUAAAAAACUUUAAUGUUGGAAUAAAUUAUGUGUUAAUUAUUGUGAUCUAAA